CAGUCACCGUUUGUAACGCCAAUCUUCUAUUGUCGCAAGUCAAGUCUUCUCCCUACUCUGUCUCUCCAAUAGAGGAGAAACAAAAGAAAACGCUGGAUUCCAUAGAUCUUUACUUUACCUUGUAAACGUCACAAUUGUUCUUGGAAGUGAAGAGAUAUGGAGAGUGAAAGCAACAAGUAUAAGCAGAAGCAGAAGCUAGAGGUAUCUGAUAUCCUCAAGGAAUCUGUUAUGAUCUAUUUCAGAAACCUCAACUUCAUCAUCUACACCCUUCUCACCUCUCUUCCUCUCUUCUGUAUCAUGGUUUACUUUGAAAUUUACCUCCAAGAAAUCCUUGUUGAAACCUCCAAUAUUGUUAACCUGCCACAUGAUCACUUCACUCGCUAUGGCUACAGAAACUGGCCAGAUCUUACUAUCACAAGAUUCAACAAGGAUUAUUUCCUCAAGUUGAUUCUACUUGGAUUCAUUUACAUGGUGCCUCUCUAUGUCCUGGAGUUUGUCUCUGCACUUGUGACUAUAGAUUUGGCUUCAAAGCUACGUUCAAAAGAGAACAAAAUGACUCUUAAGGAGAUGUUUGAGACACCCUUUGACCUAUCAAGGUUGAGAGGCUCAUUUGUAACUUCUAUUUAUGUUCUCUUCUUAACAACUACUCAUCAGCUUGGAUUACUGUGGAUAGUCCUAAAUUACCAUGUUUUCUUGAAGGGCUUGAGAUUUAACGUGUUGUUUGCAGUAAUUUGCAGCAUGGCAUUUGCAAAGGUUUUAAGGAUGUAUUUGGAAUGGAGUGCAAUGUGGAAUAUGAGUCUUGUGAUCUCAGUGUUGGAGAGGAUAUAUGGUAUUGAUGCAUUAGCAGUUUCGGCUUAUUUCAGCAGAGGCAGUCACAGGAGGGGGCUCUUUUUGAUGCUGAUUUUCUUUGCUUUAGGACAUCUUUUGAGGCUUUCAUGCUACCAUGUUGGAGGCUAUGAGCAAGAGAAUGGAUUUUUUGUACAAGUUGGCUUGUUCUGCGUGGUGAAUCCGCUGAAGUGGGUGGUCUGUGUGAUCUACUUCCAUGAUUGCAAGGAGAGGAAGUUGGAAAUGAAAACUGAUGAGGAAUCAGGGAAAGAUGUUAAGAAUGGUUCGUGAAUGAGAAGUGGUUUGCGUACACAAAAAUAAGGGAGUCAAUUUGAUUUCAGAAGUCAGAACUAAGGUUAAGAUAGCUAGCUGGUUAAGCAGCCUUUUAAGAUGAUUAAUCAAUGUUGUAUUAUCCUGACUGUAAUAUAUUAAUCAACUUGGUUAUUGAAAAUA